AUCAUUUUUAUCGCAUGUUAUAUGAUGGAAUAGAAGAAGAUUUUAGUAUAAACUUCAUAGUUGAGAUUUUCCAUCAUCCCCGACGUAGAAAUGAUCGGAAUUUUUAGGAAAUUAUCGAUUUAUUCAACCGCUGCACGGUACACACGAUAUUCGGCGAUUCGACUGUGUUCCAAUGAAUCCAAUCAACCGGAUGAUAAAUCGGAUAAUGACCUAAAGGCAGCAGCUAAACACACCUUAUCCAAAUCGACCUCAUUUCAUCCAAAGAAAAUUGAAAAUGAACGAUAUUCAAUAAGCGAGGAUGAAAACAAUCGAUCUGUUCUCAAUUUGUUUGAAUCGAUACCAUCGGAUGCCGGCAAGUUCAACGUGAAAGCGUUGAAAAGUUUUUAUCAUGAAAUUCGUGGAAAGUAUUUGAUAACGAAAUUUUUGACCCUUCAUCCAAAGUUUGAUGUAUUGCGUACAGCUACCAAACGGAAAUUGCCAAUACUCGAUGCAUAUGAAGUGUCGGACAUCUUUAUUUCACUACUUCCAUCAAAAGUUAUAAUGUUCGACAUGAUAUCGGAGCAUAUUGUUGAUGCAUUGUUAAAAAAUGUCAAUCAUUUUACGUUUUAUCACAUGUUAUUCCUAGAUUAUCUGAUACAUAAAUACUAUUCAUUGAAUGAAUUGAGUAAAAGUUACAACAUCUUACGAUUAACGAUACAAACACAAUUUUUGUCAAAAAUCGAUGACGAAUUGGAUGGAUUGGAGGACUAUGGAAAAUUAAUAAAAAUUUUGGCCUUUUGUGAAAAUAACGUUGAUUUAAUUCCGGAUAAAGUUCUAAACGCAAUAACAACCAGCCUUCUUAUGGCCGAUAAUGACCAAUUUUCAAUUGAAAAUCUUAUGUCGAUUAUAAUUUUUUUGGCGAACUUUGGUCAACUUAAUGAACAUGUACAGAAAUUAUUGGAGAAAUCGACUAAUUUAUGGUGCCAAUCAAAUGUCUCAGCGAAGCAUAUUGAAGUAUUAUUCAGGAUCUUGAAAAAAAAACGCAACACCAUCAACAAGGAAAUGUUCGAAAAUACAGACUUUAUUCGAUACUGUGUUAAUGUUAUCAUACAAAAUAACGAUAAAAUGACAUUGUUUGCAGUUCAAAAUUAUUUCAAUUCAGUUGGUUUUGUGAGUGAAAGUCUUAUCGAUCGCUUAUCAACAUAUUUUCAAUCAAAAGAAAGUCUUCGCCAGCUCACUUUUCAUGACUAUCUCAUCAUAUGCAGAGCAUGCCAUAAAAGUGGUUACAAACCGAAAAAUUGGCAGUCAAAAAUCGUCGAUGCAUUAAAAUCGUUCAACUUCUCAGUAUAUUUAAACACGUUGGGAAGUUUCGAUUGGGUAAAAUUUGCUUUGAGUCUAAAUGAUUUGGGCUACUGUGAUACUCAAUUGAUUGAAAGCAUCCUAAAAGCGGAAUACAUUAAGAAAAAACAUAACUAUGAUGUUGAACAGCUGGAAAAAUUACAAGAAAUUCUUGAUCAGAAAAAUGCUGACCUCGCAAAAGACAAUAUUGCUGUUGACAAUGAAUAUGGAUUGAAGGAAGCCUUUGUUAAUGCUAGUGCUGAAAAUCACAAAAAUGCUGACCUCGCAAAAGACAAUAUUGCUGUUGACAAUGAAUAUGGAUUGAAGGAAGCUUUUGUUAAUGCUAGUGCUGAAAAUGUACCAUGUUCAGUGUAUAAAGAUUUGAAAUCCAUGUUUGGAGAUAAUUUCAUUCGGGAAAAUGUUCAAAUUAAAGCGAAUUUAAAAAUUCCGUUUGUAUUAAAAAUGGACUUAGAAAGUGGAAACUUUCUUCCGAUCAACGAGAUACAUACAAAAUUGCUUGCGUCCAAACAUAAACUCUUUGCCAUAAUCGUAGUAAACAACGAUUUUAAGCGAGAAGAUGCAAAAAAUCAAAGUUAUCAAUUACAUAAAGAAUACCAUAUUCCAUCAAUAGUCAUUGAUCAAACCAAAUGGGACAACUUAAAGAGUUAUGAGAAAUCACAACAAUUUUAUAGAAAAGUUAUGAAGGCUAUGUCAAUCUAUGAGGGAGAAAUUGAGCACUCCUUCGAGUAUUGACAUUGUAAUUAAAAAGAGAAAAUUAUUUUAAAGAAAAAAAUAGACGGAUUUUUAUCGUAA